AUGUACCAUAUUCGCCUGAACGCGAAGUCCGCGGACAGAUAUCUUCCGUACCAAACGUUCGACAGCUUGCAACUGCUUCAUGAUCUAGUCGUCAGGCCCGAGAAUUGGGUAGACCAUGUGAGACGGUACACAGCAAGCAUAUCGACAACUCUACUGUAUGGCUGGCGGACACCCGGUACAGGAGCUGGAUACGUGAAGGACCUCCUGGAAUGGAUGGAGGUUACCUCAGAGGCUCUGAACUUCAACCUGGUUGAUUUCUAUCCGUUCUUGAAGGUGGUAUACGAUUUCCUGCCACGUUGGCUUCUUCCCAGCAAGAACAAACUCUACGAGCUACAGAAGCUGGAGAAUCGCGUGUUUUACGAGCUUCUGAACCGUGCCAAGGACAAUUUGGAAACUGGUCAAGCCUAUCCUAGUUUUAUUCGCGACAUGUUGGAGGACAAAGAUCAUGACAGACUGACCGAACGCCAAAUUGCCAAUAACGCUGCCCACGGGUUCGGAGCAGCCAUGGACACUUCUGCAAACACAAUCAUGGGAUUCAUUAAGGCCAUGGUCCUCUUUCCACAUGUGCAAGAAAAAGCCCAGGAAGAACUUGAAAGGGUCAUCGGAAAUGAGCGACUACCAACAUGGGACGAUCGCUCAAGUCUUCAUUAUAUCCGUGGAGUGGUUGAGGAAACAUUAAGAUGGGCCCCGAGUCCCAUCAGUGGCGCUGUACCGCAUUCGGCCAGGGAAGAAGACGUUUACAACGGCAUGAAGAUUACGAAGGGUUCGAUCGUAAUGAUGAACAUAUGGAGCCUGAACCACAACCGCUACUCGAACCCGCGUGACUUCGACCCCCUCCGCCAAGACCCGUCGUUGACGCUGACGGAAAACAACGCCAUCAGCCAGGACUCUGCAAGGCGUCUGCACUUCACCUUUGGUGCUGGGAGACGCGUCUGUCCUGGAUUCCACGUCGCGCAGAGAAACCUUUUCUUGGCCAUUUCCCGGAUGUUGUGGGCCUUCAACAUCGAGCGGCAGCGGGACGUCAACGGGAAAGAGACGCCGAUUGAUCGCGACGCCAUUACACCCGAGAGUGGGUUGAUUAUCCGGCCAGCGGACUUCAAAUGCAUUAUUACACCACGUGACGAUGUGCGGAAGAAGCUCAUUGUCGAGCAGUGGAGGCAAGCGGAGAAGAGUCUUGAUUCAGAGGGCAACUUCAAGGCUGAUUUCAUUAAGGCCUCCUUUGGAGAAAGCUAG